GCUAGAUCCCCGUCACGACGGGUUCGAUCCAUCCCAUCUUUCUCGCCAGCCUCGUCAUGUCUUAGGCCCUGGCCCCCGCGCCCGCUGUAUCGCCCGCCAGCACGUCAUGAUCGCGCUCUAUGCCGCCGCGCUGUUCGGCGCGCUGUCGACGAGCGUCGUUGCGUCGUCGCAGGCGCUCAGCGCAGAAACCCUCCCGUCCUAUCACUACGGCGCGCCCAUCCACGUCGAGUGCAUGAAUCGCAGCUCUGAAACCGGCGAGCACAUCGAAGACGCCAACCACGAGCUGCAAUGGGUGCCGUUCCCCCUCUGCAACGAGACGGGCAAGCCGCUCGAGUUUCACUACGGCACUGAGGGCGAGGUCAACUGCACCAUCCCCUUCGUCUCCGACCCCUUCUUCCACCUCCUCGAGUUCUACAUCCACAACGACGCCCCCUUGUCCUGUCGCCUCCCCGCCCGUCCGCACGGGCACGUCGAGGUGGUCGGCGAGGAUCCGCCCAAGCAGGAGUAUAUACCGCUCGUAUUUGCGCUCGCCGGCACGCUGCAGCUGAGCCACAUGCACAUCAGCACGCACAUGAACGUGCUGCUGCACAGCACGCCCAAGCACCAUCUACGCCCGCACGAUAGCGGCGUGCUCGACUCGGGCGUCGCCUACAGCACCAGCCCGCUGAGCCACAUGGAGGGCACGCAAAGCCGGCGCCUCAUCAUCGGCGACCCGCUGCCCCUGUCCUUUUCCGUGCGCUGGUUUCCCACGCCCGCGCUGCCCAAGACGGAGGGCAAGGUGGAGUGGCAGGGCGUCGGCGGCCACGUCUACGCGAGCACCGUCUUCUACAGCAUGGUCUCGUUCGGCGCCGGCGUGUGCCUGGCCGGCAUGUACACCCUGGGCGUGGUACUGCCGCGGAGGCUGAAGAACAGAGCGCUGGGAGGGGCCACGCCGUUGGGAUACGGCCUGAACGGCGUGGGCAACGGCUGGGGCUACGCGUCCAAGAGGAUAGACUGAUUGAUUACAUGGAAAAGGUACGGGGGCAUCACGACGACAUGUAUGAUUUUUGCGGCGUUGUAUGGCUGUGUAGGACUAUCUAUUGUGCUGGACACCUCCUGGCGUAGAAAAACAUUAAUACCGUUGCCGCUGCGCAUAGGCCGCAAGCCAUUUACCAACGCGAC